AUGUCAGUUGCAAGACCGAAAGAUUUGACAGUCGGAUUGUUGGGGUUAGAGGUCCCGACAAAUAGUCCUACAAUAGAAUGGAACGACGGACACAAAACGAUCCUCCCAGCAUUGUACGACAGUAACAAUGUUAAUGUCUGUCACACUGUCGACAUCCCCAUCAUCAAAUAUCUUGCUCAAUGUCCAGAAUCUACACCGCACUCAAAACAUGUGCUACACAUAUCCAACACUGACUUUCCAACAAGCGACGCGCUGGAUCCGAUCAGCGACGCGCUGAGUCAAAAUAAGCCAGUGGUUAUUAGAGGGAUCGGGAAUCAUCAUGUGGGUCAAGAAUUGACGGCAGACUUUCUGGAUCAAUACUACGCAAUCUCGCCACAUAGGGCUGUAUGGGUGCACGAUGUCAAGGCCCGUGCAGUGGAUCAUAUGAACCCAACUAAGCCAGCGAUUCUCAAGGAUUUCUUUAAAGCUAUGAAGGAUCCAGAGACGAUCCAAUGUGUACUGGACUUCCCUCUCGCACAAGCGUCACUCCCAGAUGCCUUGAAAAAUCUAGAUCACGGCUUGACUUACGGGUGGAAUGGAACGACAUAUGAUGUCCCGAUCACGUCCAAGGUGCAUCCAGAAAACUUCAGUGUCAAGGGGUGGGCUCUACUACACCAUGCUGGAUUCUUGACGUAUCCUCAUCACGACGCGGAGGGGGCCUUGACAUGGGCGAAGAUGGAAGUGGGAGUCAAAUUUUGGGUCGUAUUCCGGCCAAAGGAUAGACACGACGAUCGCCAACAUCUUCGAGAUAUGGCGAUGAACCUAGCAAACAUGACUGAAAAUGGACCUUGGAUACGACAGAACUGUGAUGCCGAGGUUGUCACCCUCUAUCCUGGAGAUAUCAUCAUCAUGCCCCCAGCUCAGGUGCAUGCUGUCUAUACGCCAGUUGCAUCCCUUGCAACAGGGGGGCACUUCUAUCACUAUGGGUGCAUGCACCUGACAGAAAUAUCUCGUUACCUGGACGUUUCAUCAGGCGACUGUUUGACAAACCAGAUACUCCAUAAUGCGCUGGAGACCCUUCGACGUAUGAUGAUUGCAAUGCCACGGUUGUCACCCAGAAUACGACUGUUCAAACGAUCGAUAUUAGCCCUGUGCAUCAUGGUCAAAAAUGGGAAGCAAUAUCGCGCAAAGGGAGGGCCGCAGUCAGCUGUCGCAGACACAGAAACAGCAACACCAAGUCUUGACAUAGCGAUAGCUAUCGCAUCGCAUCUCGGAGUCACUAAACGAAAGCCUGCACACACACUACUGUACAAUGGAGAUCAAUUGGACAGAGGCAAGUUAAUUGAGAGGGAGAAACUAGACAAGGCGAUAGAGAAAUUCACUGCGUUGUAG